GUCCCAUCCUCUCUUCCCCCUCCCCCUUGCUCGCAAUCAAAACACACCCAUAUAUACGCCGGACUCCUCAUUCUCCUCCCGGCUUCCCCCAUUCGUCGCGAUCCAAUUCCGGCGCCGGAGAAGACGCGCGCAGGCCCCACCCAGCCGUCUCCAAUCCAAGCAGCGCUCCGCUCCCACGGACGGACAGCUUGAGCUCGACGGAUGAGCAUGUGUGAGAAAGAUCAGAAUUUGCCAUGGGGAUACGACCUGUUCCGCGACCCUUUUGCUCCUCCCAACGGGUACUACGGGCCUCCUCCCGGCUACUGUGAUGGUCACUGUUGUGACCUCCAUUACGGUAGAGCAGCACAUCCAGAUGAGACUCAGUUGCAUUCUUCUCAACUCACAUAUGAUUUGUACAACCCAUCAGUAGGCAUCUACCAUCCUGGAAGCACCCAUGAGCAUGAGCACGAGACAGUAUAUGUAGAGCCGUCUAGUUCCUCUCCAGACGCAGCUGGUGACGGUUAUUUUGAGAUGGAGGAGGAAGUAGGGAAGAGGUUUUACCCCAUGGUCCCAGUUCCCCAUGUCCCCAAAAUUAAUGGAGAAAUUCCAUCAAUUGAUGAAGCCACUAUGGACCAUGAAAGGCUGACAGAAAGGUUGAAGCUGUAUGAGUUGGUUGAACACAAGGUGCAAGGAGAUGGCAACUGUCAGUUCCGAGCACUAUCAGACCAGCUUUACCAAAGUCCAGAUCACCAUGAGUUUGUGAGGGAGCAGAUAAUUAACCAGCUUAAAACUAACCGUGACGCCUAUGAUGGAUACGUUCCCAUGGCAUAUGAUGAUUACUUGGAGAAAGUUGCACGAAACGGUGAAUGGGGUGACCAUGUGACUCUACAGGCUGCUGCUGACAAGUAUGGAGUAAAAAUCUUUGUGAUGACAUCGUUCAAGGAUACUUGCUACAUCGAGAUCCAGCCUAAGGUUCAGAAGUCCAACAAAGUGGUACUGUUGAGCUUCUGGGCGGAGGUGCACUACAACUCCAUAUAUCCGCAGAAUGGUGAGUAGGCGUGCCAUUGGCAUGCCGGGCCUUCACUGCCAAUAUGCACCGAGGUCACAGACGACGACCAAGAGGAGGAGAUGGUGGCCGUUCUCGCAGCACCACCACCAUUGAUGGCGGAUUACAGAGGGCUCGGCGCAUCAUCUUCAUCUCUCCAGGACUGGGAUGGAUGUCGGAGCGGUGGAGCUCGUCAUGAUUCAGGAUCAGGUGGUGGUCCUGGGGGCCCGGCCAUCGUCCAAAUGAUACAAGGGACGUACGGCAUUAUGAUUAAUAUAUCCAGAGCAGAGCAGACCAGACCUGAUAAUGGGAAUGGGAUGAAUGAAAUUGAAAUAAACAUGGGAUGGGAUGGGAAUCGUCGUCCCGUACAUAGUUAAGAGUGGAGGCCGGUGAGUGUCAACUCAACUCUUGUAUUGUUGUUUAUAUCUACAAAUUUUGCCGGAAUGAGGCUAGAAUUAUUGGGAAACGAUUAUGAUAAUAAUGUUGAUGAUAAUAAAUUGGUUAAGAAUUGAGAUGACCCA